AUGACAAAAAAAAAGAAGGGUGGAAAGACCCACGAUGCGUUACUAAAUCAAAACGGUUUCGAACAUACUAACAAUGAGACCGAAUUUUCAAACCAUAAUGGCGUGGAACAAAAGAUCAAUGAUGAUAAUAAAAAAAAGUGGAAGAACAUGAGUGUUCGAACUUUUUGGACUUUCAUCAUGAUUGGUGGUUUUUUCAUUUGUUUGGCUUUGGGACAUUCGAUGGUCGUUAUUCUUGUGGUGAUCAUUCAAACGUGUGUAUUUAGAGAAGUCAUCGCUCUGACUCAUGUACCGAGUAAAGAAAAGAAAUUACCUUGGUUUAAAUCCCUCAAUUGGUAUUUCCUGCUUAGCACUAAUUAUUUUCUAUACGGUGAAUCUAUUAUUUACUAUUUCAAGAAAGCUGUUUUGGUCGAUGCUCUUCUUCUCCCUUUGGCUACACACCAUCGAUUUAUUUCAUUCACCUUAUACUGUAUAGGAUUCGUAUUAUUUGUUGCAAAUCUCAAAAAGGGUCAUUACAAGUUUCAAUUCACCCAAUUCGCAUGGACACAUAUGACUUUACUGAUUGUCGUAUGUCAGAGUCAUUUCAUAGUCAACAAUAUAUUUGAAGGCUUGAUUUGGUUCUUGCUCCCUGUAUCUUUGGUAAUAUGUAAUGACAUUUUUGCUUAUAUAUGCGGCUUUUUUUGGGGUAAAACUCCUUUGAUAAAGUUAAGCCCUAAAAAGACUUGGGAGGGUUUUGUAGGUGGUUGGAUUUUCACUAUGAUAUUUGGUUUCUUUUGGGCUUCGUUAUUAAUGAGAUGGGAUUACAUGAUUUGUCCUGAUCUCAGUAGUACUUUUGCGUGGUCUGGUAUGACUUGUGAACCAAACCCGGUAUUCAUUCCUCAAAAAUAUAUGCUUAGUCCUUGGUUAUCUAGUCUGCUUAGAAGAUUUACUUUCACCGAUAUCCGUUGGGUCUGGAUCGCCCCAUUUCAAUGGCACGUUCUUGUUAUGGCUUGCUUUGCUUCUCUAAUUGCCCCCUUUGGUGGUUUUUUUGCUAGUGGUGUAAAAAGAGCAUUUAAUUUAAAGGAUUUUGGUGAUUCGAUUCCCGGACAUGGUGGUAUCACCGAUCGUAUGGAUUGCCAGUUUCUUAUGGGCUUAUUCUCUUAUAUGUAUUACCAAAGUUUCAUCAAGACUACGUCACUAUCGGUCGGCACCGUACUUUAUACCAUCGUAAACUCCUUAAAACCAUCCGACCAGCUCGAAUUAUUAGAUAGUCUACAGCAAUAUCUAAUCGGGCAGGGAUUAUUGGAAGAAGGAAAAGUUGCCUGU